UGAGAUGGAUGCAUGGUGCAGCGGUUCCGGCUCGAAGAAUUUGCCCGCCCGGCCUACAUGCCUCAUGCUUCACCACCAGACGCCAUAAGAUUUGCAGGUGCUGAUCUAUGGCUUCGAUCGCUCAGGAUGAGUCCGUCUUGGAUGGACGGUUUGGCCGCAACUUCGUGGCAGAGGAAAGUGAGCGCCAACGAAUCUUGAUGAGGUUUGAGUCAAGCCGGCCAUAGCCUCCCUCCGUGAAGCUUAAGCUAGGGUUGCCAGAUUGUCAUGCUUUCCAGGGAUGAUAUUUUGUUGUGUGCCACGUCACCUGACCCGCAGGCAUCAAGCGCUGCAGCCAGGAGUCUUCUUUGCAUGGACGAACCGCUAACAUCGCUGCCGUUGCUGUGAGCCCUUUCGGGCUUGUGAGAUGAUAGAUGUUUUUGAAAGAAGGCCAUGCCCAUCCAUGCACGGAUUGCCAAGCUUCACGAUUACAUGAGGCUAUGGUUUAGUUUCUUGUUGGACCCUCAUUUGCAAAGCAGCUAGGAGCAAAUCUCUAGCAACAAGCGGAAAGCAGUGGAGAACGAUUUGUCCAUGCCGCUGUGUUGCACCAGUGAAUGCGCAACGCUGCCAAAAUGCCCUUCCUUGAUGGGCCCAGCAAGUCCUUCAGGAGCCACUAUGAUGAGCUUGGCGUAUCUCGAAGCGCAGCAGCUGAUGAAAUCCGCCGUGCCUACCGCCACAAGGCACGCGAAUUGCAUCCAGACAAGUGCUCCGAGCCGGACGCCCAGGCGCGCUUCAUCCGCGUGAACCAGGCAUACGAGAUCCUCUCCAACCCAGUGUCUCGCCGAAGCUAUGACCUGACUCUAGACGCGCAUGCACACUUCCUGCGGGCCGGUCCUGCCAAAGCCCAAGCUGCUUCAGACGCCAUUUACGAGCUGCUGCAAAUGCUCGAAGCAGGCAUCGAAAGUGCCGUCAAGGUUAGGGAGCUGAAGAGCAAGUGCGAGCGUUGCGGAGUGGAAUGGCCCACCUGCUGCUUCGAGCGGGCGCACCUCCUGAAGGCCAUCGCUCGAGCAGCGGAAGGCGAGAUAGACCGACGAGUCAGGCUGCAGGAGUGGAGCCGACUUGCGAAAGGAGAUUUGGUCGCAUGGCUGGAGACACAAGGAUGCUGUCUCAAGUUCGCGCUGGCCUGCGAUACAAUUGACAAGGACAAGCUGAUUCAACUGGCGCGAAGUCGCUUGUCGGAGCCAAGCAGGUGUACGCGGAGCCCUUCAUGUCGCAACAAGCCCGCGCCCGCGCAGUCUCCCAUUCGGGAGGCACAGGCGAGCCCCCAGAGGAAGAACGAGAAUCCGUCGCACAACAGCUUCUUUCCCAGCAUCUUCCGCUUGCCCAAGGCAAAGCCGAAGAGGGCGCCGCGCCAGCCAAAGGCGCCCAACGCGCCCAAGACGAAGGCGCCCAAAGCGCCCAAGACGAAGGCUCCCAAGGCGCCCAAGGCGCCGAAAGACAACGCCAAAGCGAAUGCUGAGGUACAAAGGAGUCCUUUGAGGCCAUUCUUCAAGAAGGCAGCGGUGCCACCUCCAUCGCCGCUGAGUUGUAGCUCCACAAGUUCUUCGUCCAGCUCGGAUUCGAGUUCCAGCAGCUCCAGCAGCUCCAGACCAAAGAAGCAGCCAGGGCCAGCGAGCUUAAAACGCCCGAGGGAGAAGCAGACGGAUGCCCAAAAGGCAGAUGCUGCGCGGAUUGAGGAGCUGAGGACGCAGCUCCAGGCGGUGCGAGCUGCAGCGAAAGCGGACCAUCCCAAGGCGCUGCCGGCCCUAGUGGAGUUGGAGAAGUUGGAUAUGGAGGGCAGGAUUGACCUGAAGAGAUGCACCAGGGUCUUGGGGGAGUUGAACAAAGCGUGGUGGCGGCGUGAGGUGCACGGCAGCGUCGCGUGGCAUGCAUCCACGCUGGUACUGAGGGUAGAUGCAGACGCUCUGAUACGAGGGGCUAAGGUGGACGGCUCAGCGUGAGGCGGCCGCUAAAGCCAAGAGCUAACCGCUGGAAUUCGUCAGUGCCAUGUGUGGCAUGAGUUGUGUUUUUUGAAUGGCUGCUACCA